AUAGUUUUGGCGACUGAUAUAAAAGAUAAGGGCCGAAAUAGAUAGUGGGGGAUAGUGCCAUACCACAUUCCAACGAAUUCGCUUCUCGGUCUAUGUGCUUAGAUGUGUCUCUCUACACUCUAGUCUCAUUUCAUAUCAUUUGUGAUCGUGGCAGUUUUAAAAUAUGCUACCACAAAUAAUCUUGUUCACCGCUUUAUCUUUGGUCACAUGUCCCUUGGUUGACGGUGCUCCUGAUUUUGUCAACGACUCACCUAGUGAUGAUCUCUUAAAAGAUGAAAUUGUUUUAAUGUCUCCACGAAGGCGUCAAUCCGAAGCUCAACAGAAUAUGCUACACUCAUGUCCACCUGCCUAUAAGAAUAGAUGCUGUCCAAAUAAAUAUAGGUGCUGUAAAAACUAUUGCUGUGACGUCAUGAACGGGUUUUAUCCGCCAGUCUCUUGUAAGGGUGAGUGGAUGGAUUAAUAUUUAAAGGAAACCAUGAUGAAUAAAAAAUAAAUAGAAUGUAUAUUAAAUAAAUAGAAUUAGAAUGUUUUUGUAUUUCUUUUAGUUUUAAUAAAUCUGUUUAUGUCUAAAUUUUUUUUUUUUUUGACUUGAUUCUUCAACUCACACCUGUCAGAAGUUCCGACAAUCAGCGAGUGUGAUGUCAAGAUGAAGAGAUUGGUCUUGGAAUAG